AUGAAAUACACGUCCUCAAUAUCAUUUCUUUUGACGGUAUUCUUCGCUGCUACGAUUUCAGGUAAAGAUAUACAAGGACCUCUGUCAGACAACAAUCUUGGUCCCGCGAUGCCUCCUAAAUCAGAACCCUCUUCUGAUCCCGUCGGUGGAGGUGAUACAAUCAUUCUAUCGGAUGUUCUAGGCAGAGAUCGAAGCAUCAAUAUAUUCGCUGGAUUUACAAGAGAUAUAGCACCCAUAAGUCAGCGAUUUGCUGAUGGUGGCCAAAACACAACCAUUCUUGCCCCAGUCAACAGUUGUAUAAUGGCUCUGCCUCGAAAGCCAUGGGAAGACCCAGAAGAUUAUGAUAAGCUUGGAGCCAAUGCAUAUGAGGGUAAAGAUGGAGAAGAGAGGGCCCAUAGGAAUCUGCGGAGAUUUGUGGAAGCUCACAUCGUCCCUGCGAGUCCAUGGAAGGAAGGUGAGAAAAUAAAGACUUUGGUUGGAGAUGAGGUCUGGUGGGAGAAUAAGGACGGAGUGAAACGAUUGCAACCUGGAAAUAUUGAGGUCUCAAGCAUAACAGGUGAUGUUCACAACGGGCAAGUCUGGAUAUUGAAGAAUGUCAGAAACUACGCAUAG